GCCAAGAUUGAGAAAAGUGGCACGCCUGAUGAUGAUGUCUUGGGCAAGGCAUUGGAUAAUCCCGAACACCUUGGUCGAAAGAAAGCAAGGUCAACAGAGGAUAUAGGUGCAAGGGUUGAGAUUGCCACCCUGAAAGAGGAGCUAUCUAGGAAACGAGACAUGAUUGAAGCUUUGCUAAAGGAUAAGGAGAGGCAAGAGGUAAAGUUUCAUAUUAGUCCUAGCGAGAAAGGUAGUUAUAGUGUCAUGCAGCCUAUUAAAAAUCUCCCUGAGGGUGAGAACCUAUAUGAGUUGUUGGCAAAUGGCCCAAAUCGUCAUGUGGUUGCUAUUGGUCAGGUGUUCAAUUUUUCGGGAGACAUGUUACAUAAUAUGCCACUCCCUGCAUCCUAUGUACGUGUUACUAUUGAUGUGCCGAAGGAUUUGAACUAUCUACUACCUAUUCCCACUGAGGAUGCAGGGAUUGUUGAAGAGGCGAUGGGUAGUUUUGUCCAAAAAAGACUAGUAAAGAUGCACAGUCAAAAAAAAAAGAUGAUACCCCGAUCUAGGCUCUCCUCUAAAAAGGCAAUCUCUCAUGAAGCUGUGUCUGAACAAGAGCCUCAAUUGCCGAGCCAACAUAGAAAAUUGCUCCAGGCAUAUUCAAUGUAUUAUAAUGAUUCUUAUGUUGAAGAAUUCGGGGAUGCAGAAAUAAAUGAGGAAGAGAUUCAAAUCAAACACGCUUUGGUAUUGAAGGAAGCUAAGCUGGUAUUCAACAAAGUCAUCAGAGACCACGACCCAGUGGAAAGUUUGUACAUGAUCGAUGCAAUCCAAAGGCUUGGCAUUGAGCACCUUUUCCAAGAGGAAAUUGAAAAGGCUCUCAUUCUGCAGCAAAAUUCGAAGCUUCGAAUCGAUAUCAGUGGUGAUUCCAUACACAGCCUUAAACUUGUCGAAGUCACUCUUCAAUUCCGUUUAUUCAGACAAGCAGGUCAUUAUGUUCAUGCUGAUAUAUUUGACUGCUUCAUGAGCAAACAAGGAAUGCUCACAGAAAAAUACAGUGAAGAUAUAAAGGGACUGGUUGCUCUCUAUGAAACAUCACAGUUAAGCAUAGAAGGAGAAGAUAGUCUUGUUCAUGCAGGCAAUCUCAGUCGUCAACUUCUUGAGAGGUGGUUGUCAACACAUGAAGGCCAUUAUGAAGCUCAAGCUGUAGCAAACGCUCUUCAGAAUCCACUUCACCAUAGCUUGUCAAGGUUCACAAACACAAGCAUCAUCAUCUCAUCAAGUGAUUUUCUCAUGAGAAAUAGAUGGACGACCAGUUUUGUUGAACUUGCUGAAAUCAAUUCCUGCAUUAUCCGCCACUUGAACCAGAAUGAAAUCUUUCAAGUCACCAAGUGGUGGAAAGAGCUUGGAGUGGCCAAGGCGAUGGCAUUUGCUAAGUUUAAUCCAGUUAAAUGGUAUAUGUGGCCAAUGGCAUGCCUCACAGAUCCAAAGUUCUCCAGGCAAAGAAUUGAACUCAUCAAACCUGUUUCUUUGGUCUAUAUAAUUGACGACAUUUUUGAUGUUUAUGGUUCACUAGACCAGCUCACUAACUUUACCAAUGCUGUGAAUAGAUGGGAAUCCACAGCCACGGAGAAAUUACCGGACUACAUGAAAGUUUGUUUCAAUCUUCUACAAGACACUAUCAAUGAGUUGGCUAGCAAGGUCCAAGAAAAGCAUGGAUUAAACCCAAUAAAUACCCUAAAGAAAUCGUGGGCAGCAUUGUUGAAUUCCUUCAUAGUAGAAGCAAGAUGGUUGAAUUCUGGUCAUUUGCCAAAGUCAGAAGAGUACUUGAAGAAUGGGAUUAUGAGCUCAGGAGUUCAUGUGGUGUUCUUACAUGCAUUCUUCCUCUUGGAUGAGGGUAUCACCGAAGAAACUGUUGCUAUUAUGGAUCAAAUUCCAAGUGUUUCUUCUUUAGUUGGUGAAAUACUACGCCUCUGUGAUGAUUUAGAAGGAGCCAUGAGUGAUGAUCAGAGUGGUGUGGAUGGAUCAUACCUUGACUGUUGCAUGAAAGAAAACCGUGCUUCAGAAGAAGAAGCACAAACACAAGUAGCCUACUUGAUUUCAAAAGCAUGGAGACGUCUCAAUCAAGAAACCCUAAUCACAAGCCCAUUUCCUCCUUCUUUCACCAAGUUCUGCCUCAAUGCUGCAAGGAUGGUCCUUCUUAUGUACAGUUACAGAAGAAAUCAAAGCCUUUCUGAUCUUCAGGAGUACGUGAAGUCAUGGCUUCAUGUUGGUGAAUCUAUCUACAAGCACAUCACUGUUCCUUCUAGCCACGAAGGCCAAGGCCACGUAUUUACUUAG